AUGUAUUCUCAAAUUGGCCUCGAUCACGCUCAACUCCUUAAGCCACUCGUCGCACUGGCAGGAUGGACAUUUGUACAGGAGACAUGGAUGUAUGCAACCCGAAUUCCCGCCCUCCAUAAGUACAAGGUCAGCUUCGACGAGAAGACGGUGAAGGAGGAAAAGCAUACCAAAAUACCUGUUGAGGUCCAUCGCAUUGCUGACAACUACAAUAACUUGCAUGAGCAACCACAAGUUUUCUAUGCUAUUGCCAUUGUCUUAACCCUUCUUGGUGACAACCACGACUACACCUAUCGCCUUGCUUGGGGCUAUACCGGAAUGAGAGUUAUUCACAGCCUGUUUCACAACUUGGUUAAUGAGCCAUAUGGAAGAUUUUCUCUUUUUACAACAAGCUCCGUUAUGCUUCUUGGUCUUACUAUCCGGGCUGCAAGCUUUUUGUUCUUUUAG